GCUUCCGAACAUGAACAGAGAGAGGAAGUUGUGCUUCGAAUGCAUUAUGGAUAGAAAGUUCAUCGUCAUGAAGGGGGCAAACAAAGGAUCAAAUACUGGAGCGUGGAGUUUUGUAUGAUACCAUGACCAAGCGAUGGACUCUGAUCGAGAGAAUGUGGCCGCGAGCUUUUGCUCCCAGCGCAACUGGGGCACCUCCACUCGUCGCAGUUUUAAAUAAUGAGCUUUUUGCCAUCAAUAUCCUGGAAAAUAGGUUGAUGAUCUACGAAAAAGACCUGAAUCUGUGGCAUCUGCUGGAAGCCAUACCCGAGAGAGGGCAGAAUGUAAGCGGAUGGGGUCUCGGUUUCAAAGCAGUCGGGUCAGAGCUUUUUGUGAUUGUAAGCCAUACCCGAGAGAGGGCGGAAUGUAAGCGGAUGGGGUCUCGGUUUCAAAGUAGUCGGGUCAGAGCUUUUUGUGAUCGGAGGCGCGCGAGAUAUCGCAGAGUGGGUGACUUACAUCCAUGCUUAUCAACCGACGUCGAGACAAUGCGGAAAGUGGAGAUUUGUCGUUGACCUUCAAGUGAGGAGUACGGAACUAGAAGAUGACAUCUAUCAAAUGUGUCUACAAGAGCACCUUGCAGUGCACUGAAUCUUCUCUGGUAACCUUCCUCUCAUUCAGACUCGAUCAAUAGCCGCAACGCUCACUCUUGUGAACCCAUUUAUUUUCCUUUCAUUACAGACUUUGGAGUCUCCACGCAGAAAUAGGUAUGGCCGCUGCUCCAAAGGGAGCUGUGUUGCAAGUCCGAAAGAACUGCUAUUUCGUAAAUAAGACAGGUGAUUCAUGAACAGGCUCGCCACUCAACAUUAACUUCCAUUAGAGAUUUGAAUCUACUCGUGAAGUAGAUGACCCAGCAUCAUCUAGUUAAGCAAAGUACUACUUCCUUUCCAUAGCGAACAUUAUCCACCCAUGCACUUGUUAGCAAGCUACAUGUGCAGGUCUUGCCCAUGGGUUCAACAAUCUAGAUUCUGCUCCGGUAGCCUAGUAGUUGUGAGGAGCAUAAUAGCCAUAGUUGAAUAGUUCUGUAGGAGAUCUGAGUGCAGGAUGUACUGAAUACUCGAGAACAAAAUCUGAUAACCUGAGCUGACCCCAUUUUGCUCAGCUCUAUAGCUCAGGAGUAGGCUUUUUGAAGUGUUUUAUUCACAA